AUGGUCAUCCUAAACUUCAAAGAUCAUGACAUGAAGAUCAAGCAGUUACAAGACAAACACCAAUAUAAAAAGAUCACCAAUGACCCUACAGAAAAGAAAGAGAGACUCAUCAAUAGAAAGCUACACAUCAGAUACCAGGAUAUUCUGGUCAGUUUUGACGUGACAGACCUAUUUACCAAUGUUCCAACCUCAGAAACUUUUCAGAUCAUCAGACAACGACUGCUGAAUGACAACUCUCUACCACUCAGAACUAACAAGAAGAUAGACGCUAUCAUGGAACUAAUGACUAUUUGCCUACAAUCAACUUAUUUCCAAUACAACAAAGAAUUCUAUGAACAAACAGAUAAUCUAGCCAUGGGAUCACCACCCUCUCUAAUCCUAGCAGACAUUUUCAUGGAAGAUUUUGAAGAAAGAGCCCUUUCAUCCACACCUAUAAAUCCAAGUUUCUACAGGCGUUAUGUUAACGACACCUUCUUUAUUUGGCCCCACGGUCAUGAAAAGUUGCCAGUCUUUUUAGAACAUCUUAAUUCCGUAGACAAAAGAAUCCACUUCACCAUGGAAAUAGAGGAACAAAACAGGCUACCGUUUGUUGACAUACUCAUCAUCAGACAAGAGAGAAAAAUCACCACAACUGUAUACAGAAAACUCACCCACACGAACAGAUAA